AUGCUGUUCCAAGCUGCCCUCGGCGUUAUCCUCGCUGGACCUAGCCCCGUCACAGCCCACGGCUAUGUUGACAAAUGGACUAUCGAUGGCCAGAGCUACACCGGGUUCAAUCCAACCACAGCGCCGUGGGUGCCUGACCAAGGGACCAUCAGCUGGCCGGCCUGGAACACAGAUACGGGGCCUGUUUAUGGUAGCAACGUGGACAGUCCAGACAUCAUCUGUUCGGUGAAUGCCACCAAUUCCAAGAUCUACCCCGUCCCCGUCGCUGCCGGCAGCACUAUCAAGCUGCACUGGACGACUUGGCCAGAGUCGCACCACGGGCCCAUGUUCACCUACUUGGCGGCCUGCAACGGAGAUUGCGUCACCGCGGACAAGAAGCAGCUUCGAUGGUUCAAGAUCGCGGAGCUAGGGCAGAUCUCGUAUGGCGCAGGCGGUGGUAAAUCUGGUGUUUGGGCCGCCGACCAACUGCGCUUGGCCGGAGGAGACUGGGAUGUCACCAUUCCCUCUUCCAUCAAGGCCGGCAACUACGUCCUCCGACACGAGAUCCUGGCCCUCCAUUCUGCCUACGACGUUGGCGGCGCCCAGUUCUACCCCCAAUGCACCAAUAUUCAGAUCACUGGCGGCGGUAAUGACACCCCGGCUGGAGUUGUGGGAACAUCGCUCUACACCAAGGACGAGCCGGGCGUGCACUACAACAUCUACAACGACGAGUCAAAGCCGAUUUAUCAAAUGCCUGGCCCUCCGUUGAUUUGA